AUGCAAAGUAACAGGAAGACUAUUGGCUGCGUGCACGAAAAUACUAAUACUAUUAAACCAACAAUGUGCGACGUAUGUGACCCUAAAGUAUUUUGGGCCGUGGGGUUCGAUUCGCCCCGUGCCUCGUUGGGAUCGGGAAAGUACUACAAUUUGUCAAUCACAAUGCCCCAAGCCAGACGUAAGACCCCUUUCAGCGGGAAAGCGAAAAAACAGCAGUUACAAGCGAAGAAAAACAAAAACCUCUUGAUGACAUCAUCUGGCGGUGCCAGCGGUUACGACGUGGUCUCCGUCAACUACCAGCCGAACAGGCGGGGCCGGGGCGACACCAAUCGCUACGCCCUGAAGUUCUACCGGGAGACAGAUGAGGAGUUGGCGUUGAAGAAGGAAGAUGCAAUGAAGGCCUUGAACUCUGUGAAAGAACAGGACAUGGAGGUGGACCCGUCGGACUACUUUCCCACUGAGCUGACCUUCCCGAAGAGACCACCUUGGGACUUCAGCAUGACGACUGCACAGCUCGACGCUCAGGAGCAGAAGUAUUUCAGGGAGUAUGUGGACAAGCUCCAGGCGUCCGAGCACUGGAAGGACAUGUCCUACUUCGAGCUGAACCUGGAGACCUGGAGGCAGCUCUGGCGGGUGCUGGAAAUGUGCGAUGUUCUUCUGCUAAUAGUGGACGUGAGAUUUGCUGGUGUGAUGUUCCCCCCGUCCCUCUACGACCACGUGGCGGCCCAGAAGAAGGACAUGAUCUUGGUGCUGAACAAGAUAGACCUGGUCCCGGCGUCAGUGGUGGCCGCUUGGAAGGACUACCUCACGGGGCGGUUCCCCGGCCUGAGGGUGGUCUACUUCACCUCGUGCCCGGGCUACAAUCUGCGGGGAGCAAGCAGUGAUAAGGCCGGUCUGCAGGUGAGGAGGCGGAAGGGCAGGCAGCGGAUGUGCGCCGAGGGCGCCACGAAGGUCCUGGAGGCGUGCAAGGACAUCGUCCAGGGUCGCGUGGACCUCAGCUCCUGGGAGAGGAAGAUAGCCGAGGAGACGGACGUGGAGUUCGACGACGACGAGGAGACGGAAGUAGGCGAGACCAUACUGGAGAAGGCAGACACGUCCUACUUCAGCCACGAGAGGUACAAAGGCGGGAUCCUGACCCUCGGCUGUGUCGGCCAGCCGAACGUCGGCAAGUCCUCGCUGAUGAACGCUAUCAUGGGCAGGAAGGUGGUCUCGGUGUCCCGGACCCCGGGCCACACCAAACACUUCCAGACGAUAUAUCUUACACCGCAGGUGCGGCUGUGCGACUGUCCAGGACUUGUCUUCCCUUCUAAAGUGCCCCGUCCGAUACAAAUCUUGAUGGGUUCGUACCCCAUAGCCCAGUUGAGGGAGCCCUACACCACAGUCAGAUACUUAGCGGAGAGGCUGGACCUUCCGAGGCUUCUCCGGAUGGAGCACCCCGAUCAAGACGACACCUGGUCACCGAGGGACAUCUGCGACGCGUGGGCGAAGAAGAAGGGCUACUUGACAGCGAAGGCUGCCAGACUGGAUACUUACAGAGCGGCGAACAGUCUCCUCAGAAUGGCUUUGGACGGGAAGAUCUGCCUCUGGCUUAGACCGCCUGGGUUUAGCAAGAAUAGAGACAAGUACGAGGGCUGCGACGAGCUGAGGUACGUGCGCUGGGUGCAGGCGCUCGCGGGAUCGGACGCCGCGGAUCCCGGGAUCGCGGACUCCGGGGUCCGGGACGCGGAGUCCGGCGACGACUCCGGGAACUCGGAGGGGUCGCGGAGCGCGGACGGGUCGGGCGACGACGGGAGCGAAGCGAGCGGCGAGAGCGACGACGAGGAGAGGGCGGCGAUGGCGAACAAGUUCGCCGCGCUGGCGAGCCUCGAG